GUUUAGCUAAGCUAACAUACAAACAAUUUUAUCAUUUUUAUAUGAGAAAAAUGCAAAAGAUAACAUAUAGUCCGACAUUAACACCACAUUAAAAAUAUGCCCAACCGUCCAAGGCUAAAGUCCUCACCACUCUCACCAGACACCGCCAUUAAUGAAAAAAAAUUCACAUCCCACGAGAAAUCAUAUAAUCUGGCCGACCCCAUUUCCAUGUUCUCUGGAUUUUGCUGUUUCUAGCUAAUUAAAAAAGUAAUCUUUUUUUUCCCCAUCUCGGCUCCAUGGAUUGCUACGAAGAAAUUCUUGAAACGCCGGCGAUUGCGUAUGAGCUCCUUUUCAAGUCGGUUGCUGCGAUACCCUUGUCCCAUUAUUUGGUGGGGACGAUCCUGUUUCUCGUUGUGUUUUGGUACAAUUUUCUGGAGUUUCAUCUUUUUCAGGAUCUUUUUACUGGGUUUCGUGGUGGUCCCGUGUUGCUGACGUACAACCCCAGCUCCGAGAUUUACCAUGGGGUUGUGGCCAAGUGUAGGGCGCUCCAUGGCAGGUUUAUUCAGGUAACAUUUUGCUAUUAUGCUUUGUCUGUUUUAUCUGAUAUUGAGACCAAACAGAUGUUUCAUGCACCUGAUGGUGGGACGUUUGCUCUGGAUUGGCUAUUACAUUCUGAUGUUGUGCAUGGAGUAGCUUCUCCGAAUAAUCACGCAAUCGCCAAGGAUGAUAAAACUCCUAUUGUGGUGAUGAUCCCAGGGCUAACAAGUGAUUCAGCUUCUCCUUCUGAUUGCUUUUACAAUGCUGGAUGGACCGAAGAUGCCCGCCGAGUCAUUAACCACCUACAUCAUGAGUAUUCAGAAGCUCCUUUGUUUGUUGUGGGAACUAGUAUUGGUGCUAACAUUUUGGUAAAAUAUCUUGGAGAAGAUGGGGAGAAUGUCCCAAUUGCAGGUGCUGCUGCAGUUUGCUGUCCUUGGGAUCUUUUGAUUGGUUCCAGGUUCAUAUCUCGAAGGCUAAUCCAGAAGUUAUAUGACAGAGCUCUUACUAUUGGUCUUCAAGGUUAUGCACAGCUCCAUGAAACCCGCUAUUCUCGCCUUGCUAACUGGGAAGGUAUUAAAAAGUCACGUUCUAUUCGGGAUUUCGACACCCAUGCCACUUGUCUAGUUGGGAACUAUGAGACUGUUGAUACAUACUAUAGACGGUGUAGCAGUUCGGCUUUUAUUGGUCAAGUUUCUGUUCCAUUGCUCUGCAUUAGUGCAUUGGAUGAUCCAGUUUGCACCCGAGAAGCCAUUCCUUGGGAUGAAUGCCGAGCAAACAAAAAUGUAGUCCUAGCUACUACACAACAUGGCGGACAUCUGGCGUUUUUUGAAGGCAUAUCAGGAUCUCGCCUUUGGUGGGUGAGAGCUGUUAAUGAAUAUCUUGGUGCCUUGCUCUCAAGCUCCCUCAUGCAUACACAGAAGGCUGAAAAUGCGGGCCCCCAUUCUCCACCGACCCAAUCCUCGAUCGAUCAAGGCCCGUAUCUAAAUGUAGCUGAUGGCAUGGUGGCAGCUAUGGGAAACGAUCUAACGGAAGGCGUUGCAGAGAAAAACAGUCAUGAUGAUGAUGUUGAUGAUGAUCAUGUGGGCCAGAUUGUAUCGGCUGCAGAAAAUGAAUCUGGGCCCACAAGCAUCAGUAGGAAGCCCGAUUUCCAUCCAUCUGAAAAUGGGGGUUACUCUAAGAGCAGUUCGGGUUUUAUUGAGAGGUGCUUUUAUCAGAUUUCUCGACAGAGUAAUAAGUCGGUUUGGCUGCUUGCUUAUAUAGCUGUUAUUUCGAGCUGGCCGAUUGUUGGGGCCGCUUUCGGUUUUCUCUUCAAGAGGAAGUUUAAAAAAGUUUUGCCGGCUAAGGUUCCGAAAUGACUUUCACCUUCAUGGUGGUGGUUGCAAAGUAAAAAUUGAGAUAGGUUUACUGUCUCUUUUAGAAUAAUUUACCAGGUGUAAGAAAAGGUUUGGCUCUUUGUAUUGCCUGUUACCCUGUAGUAAAUGUAGAAUGAUUUGUUCACAAUGAAUGGGGCUUUAGAGUGUGUUUGUUUAUCGUACUCAAAAUUUAAAUCAAUUUUAAUUCAAUCUCAAUUUGAAAUUUCUAUUUAUUUAUUCAUAUAAUU